AACCGCUAUAAGUCAUAAGGGAGAUUCAUGGCCCGAAUCUUCUUCUGCUCCUCGCAGGUUCAACCUCCCCUACGGCCCUUGCCGCUACAAUGCAGGUCCCUAGCAGCCUCUCCCUCCUUGGCAUCCUGCCUGCCCUGGCCUGCGCAGCAACCCUCACGCAAAUCACGGCCCCGUUCGGCCCCAACCCGCGCAAUGUCUCCUUCCACAUCUACGUCCCCGACACCUUGCCGCCCAACCCAGCCGUCCUCGUCAACCCGCACUGGUGCCACGGCACCGCUCAGGCGGCCUUCCAGGGAUCCCAGUGGGCGACCCUCGCCAGCAAGCACGGUUUCAUCGUCAUCUACCCAGGCAGCCCCAACGCGGCGGACCAGUGCUGGGAUGUCUCGAGCAAAGAGACGCUCACUCACGAGGGCGGCGGCGACAGCCUCGGCAUCGUCAGCAUGGUGCGCUGGACGCUGGACAAAUACCACGCCGACAGCAAGCGCGUCUUCGUCACGGGCGUGUCGUCCGGCGGAAUGAUGACGCAGGUGCUGCUGGGGUCGUAUCCGGACGUGUUCGCUGCGGGCGCCGCGUUCGCCGGCGUGCCAUUUGGGUGUUAUGCGCCCAAGAAUAAUGCCGGGCAGUAUGGCUACUGGAACGCGGAGUGCGCGACGGGCAAGGUGACGCAUUCCGCUGAGCAGUGGGGGGAUCUGGUCAGGGCGGCGUAUCCGGAGUAUAACGGGUGGCGGCCCAAGGUGCAGCUCUUCCAUGGGACGAACGACGAGAUUGUCAGCUACGUGAACCAUGUCGAGGGGAUCAAGCUGUGGGCUGAUGUAUUGGGGCUGAGCGAGACGCCGGCACAGAUGGUGCAGAACACGCCGCUGGCGAGCUGGACGAAGAGCGUUUAUGGGCCGACAGGAUGGCUAGAGGCGUACAGUGCCCAGGGGGUGCCUCAUGAUAUCAAGGUGCAGGAGAAUACCGUUAUGGCGUUCUUUGAGCUGAACUGCACCAGUAACUGCUUCCACUGGGGCAAGGGCAGCCCGUGCGGGGGAGGGGAGCCGUCAACAACGUCCACCACCGCGAAGUCGAGCUUGACCUUCGUGACCAUCUCGACCAAGUCUUCCUCCACCACCCCGACGCCAAGCUCGGCCCUCGUGACCACCUCGACUAAGUCUUCGUUCACGCCUACGAGCACGACCUCAUGGGCGAGCUCUACUACAUCGGCAUGCCAUGCAACCUAUGUUCCUGGCGGACAAGCCCUCUGGGCGCAGUGCGGCGGCAUUGGAUAUUCCGGUCCGUCAGCUUGUGCCAAUGGAGCUUGCACGACAUACAACUCGUGGUUCGCUCAGUGUGUCCCUACACCAGCGUGCACGGCACGUUGAACUAUCUUGUAAUCAUGCAUUCGAUUGGCGGUGGAUAUCUUUUGGCGAACUUGGCCUUCCAUCAAUCCAGACAACAUCCGUGGGCU